GACUCGACCGCCACCACAUCUAAUCCACAGCUUUCACCAUGGCACCUGAAAUGAUCCCUCUUGAAGGAGAGACAAACAAAAAACGCGUGUGCUACUUCUUCGAUUCCGAUGUUAGUGGAUUCCAUUAUGGCCCUGGACAUCCCAUGAAACCCACACGCAUACGGAUGUGCCAUUCUCUCGUCAUGAACUAUGGCCUCUACAAGAAAAUGGAGAUAUUUCGCGCGAAACCUGCCACAAAACGAGAGAUGACCCAAUUUCACUCAGAUGAAUACGUUGACUUCCUUAGCCGCAUAACCCCCAGUAACAUGAACAACUUCACGAAGGAGCAACACAAAUACAACGUCGGAGAUGACUGUCCAGUGUUUGAUGGGCUGUUUGAAUACUGCUCCAUCUCGGCCGGAGGCUCGAUGGAGGGUGCUGCUCGCCUGAGCCGAGACAAGUGCGACAUUGCAGUCAACUGGGCAGGUGGUCUCCACCAUGCGAAGAAGAGCGAAGCAAGCGGAUUCUGCUAUGUGAAUGACAUCGUCUUGGGCGUUCUCGAGCUACUACGAUACCAUACCAGGGUUCUCUAUAUCGAUAUAGAUGUGCAUCACGGGGACGGCGUAGAAGAAGCAUUCUACACAACAGACCGUGUCAUGACUUGCAGCUUCCACAAGUACGGAGAAUACUUCCCCGGAACCGGCGAACUGAGGGACGUUGGCAUCGGGAAGGGGAAGUACUAUGCGCUUAACUUCCCGCUGCGCGAUGGUGUUACAGAUGAAAACUACAGGAGCGUCUUUGAGCCUGUCAUCCGACAAGUUAUGCAAUCAUACGAUCCUGGAGCAGUUGUUCUGCAAUGUGGCACGGAUUCUCUGUCAGGCGAUAAGCUAGGCUGCUUGAACCUGUCGAUGCGAGGCCAUGCAAACUGCGUUAAGUUCGUCAAGUCGUUUAACAAACCUCUUCUUUUGGUCGGUGGUGGUGGCUACACCAUGCGUAAUGUUAGCCGAUGUUGGGCCUACGAGACGGGUUUGGCGGCUGGCGUUCAAUUGGGUUCAGAAAUUCCAAUGAACGAGUACUACGAGUACUUCGGGCCAGAUUAUGAGCUCGACGUCAAGUCAUCGAACAUGGAGGACAUGAAUACCCCAGGGUACCUCGAUCGCGUGAAGAAUAUCGUGUUAGAACACCUACGACAUGUAGGCGGACCACCGAGUGUACAAAUGCAAGACGUCCCACGAAUGCCCAUAGAUGAAAUGGUGGAAGAUCUGAACGAAGAUGAGGAUAUGAUCUCGCAAGAUGAGCGACGUCCACAGAAGAUGCUAGACUCAAGGCGUCAAGCAGAUGGCGAACUCUCUGAUUCCGAUGACGAAGGAGAGGGAGGUAGACGGGACCAUGCCAAUCAUCGCGAGUCUGAUAGCGGAGGUUCAGCAACUGGACGCCGUUUCGGAGCUCCUGUGGGCAUCAUGACCACCGGCUCGACGCAUGGUGUUGGGCCAAGCGUGGCACCGCCGGUGCCUGGAGGAGUGGCUCCGCCCAGCGUCAGAGCCAGCUCCUCAGGACAGUCGGAUAUGGACAUCGACGAUGAUUCCUCCGUGGGAGCACCGAGUGUCGCGGGAAGAGCUCGAUCAAAAUCGAAGCCACCGGCCGCGGGCCCUUCUGGUACUAAUGGUACCACUGAGGACCAGCCUAUGCCUGACGCUGGCCCGUCCUAGCAGCAACCUCGAUCACCCGCUAUAACUGUAUAAUUUCUUCUUUUGCGGUUCUUCAGGGUGGCGGGAUCCAGGAGCAUCUACCCACAUGAUGAUGGUCCUGCCUUUGUACAGUUGCACAUUCAGUCGUCUCUACUAUAUUAUGUACUUCCGGACGCUAUAAGAUACACGACAUUCACCAUCCUUUCUUAAUUCUCGUAUGGGCGCCAGAGGAAUGGUAUAUAAUGCUUGU